AUGGACUGGGACGCGCUGCAGCUGCGCCGCCUGCGCCCGCCCUUCCGACCCAAAGUGGUGAGUACCGCGUACUUAGGGUCCCAGUUCUGCCGCGACAUGGACUGGGACGCGCUGCAGCUGCGCCGCCUGCGCCCGCCCUUCCGACCCAAAGUGUUCUGCCGCGACAUGGACUGGGACGCGCUGCAGCUGCGCCGCCUGCGCCCGCCCUUCCGACCCAAAGUGGUGAGUACCGCGUACUUAGGGUCUAGUUCUGCCGCGACAUGGACUGGGACGCGCUGCAGCUGCGCCGCCUGCGCCCGCCCUUCCGACCCAAAGUGGUGA